CUGUCAGUCGCCGUCAGCUGUCAAACGAUGAUACAAUUUUGCGUCGGUUGUUUUGCUUGUGGAAAUCGUUUUCGCGUACCGAACACUUUCUCGUGCUCCUGCAAAAUUUAGGAACCUGCGGUCGCUUCGCUGGCACGUGCAUUCUGGUUUGCGGGAGUGCGCACAAAACACACACAAACACAUUCGCCAUUCGCCCCGGGGUACGUGCGGUGUGCGCGGUUCCGUGCGUGUGCAUGUUCUUGCGGGACGGGACCGAAGACGGCAUUCCCUUCCAGCGCCUGUGUGCUAAAAAUACGCCUGUGUGUACGUACGUACGUGCGUGCGUGUGUGUCCAUUUGUGUAUGUGUGUGCUGUGCCUGUGAUUACUAUUUUCAAGUUGCAAGUCCCAGAAACUUCCACCAGCGGGCAGACCGCCAUCAGCUACCCCCCGUAACCUUCAACCAUCCUGCCCUCCCCUCCCGGCCCACCCAUCCGUGCCCGUUGUGUUGUGUCCCGCGAUUAGAUCCCGCGUAAGAUGGCGAUGCUGGAGGGCACCCUGUCCAAGUGGACGAACGUCAUGAAGGGCUGGCAGUAUCGGUGGUUCGUUCUGGAUGAAAACGCCGGAUUGCUGUCGUACUACACCUCCAAAGAAAAGAUGAUGAAAGGCGUCCGGCGAGGCUGCGUCCGGCUAAAGGGUGCCAUCAUCGGCAUCGACGACCAGGACGUCAACACAUUCACGAUCACCGUCGAUCACAAGACGUUCCACUUUCAGGCGCGCGAUGCAGAGGAACGCGAAAAAUGGGUUCGUCGCCUGGAGGACUCGAUACUGCGGCACGCGAACCGGAGCAGAGCGCUGUGGGACCAGCAGUACAACUACGGCAGCGGUAGCACGAGCGCACAGAGCAGCGCGAUGGGCUUCACAACCGGCGGCGUCGGUGGCGGUCCGGGCAGCGGAGUUGGUGCUGGCGGUGGCACGGGUAGUGUCGGUGGCGGUAGCAGUAGUACACCCGGUACCAGUAUCCGGCGCUCCAACAAUCUGGUCCUGUUCGACCGGAAGGUAACGGAGGCGGACGCGUUUCUGCAGCUAAUGAUUGACCAAACAACGAAACUGGAAGCGAGAUUGGAAACGCUUGGUGACACGGAGGAAGCCACGCAACUGAAAACCAUCAACGAGCACGUUAACGCAAUGCUGGAUAACAUCAAACACUCAAUAGUGCUGUUACAGAUCGCGAAGAACACAGCGAACCCCAUCAACGGCAUCUACCAGGGUCCGAUCUCGAGCAAGUCCGAAACGGAAACGGAACCCAGCGAGUCGGGUCUGGUCGUUGGCGUGAUGUCCACCUCGCUACCCACGGACAUUGAGGUUGCUGACGAAUGCAGGGAAAGUUCGCGCCGUGCCAACAUCGCUUCCAUUAGCGUGCCGGAAACGUCCUACUCGAGCUCGGAGGGCGAGGACGACUUCUUCGACGCGAACGAUUCCCCGUUCACCUCUAGUCAAUUAAACACACCGACCAGCAACACACGCACGCUUUCCGAGCACACGGGCCGCCUGUCGGGAGAGGAACAGUAUGCAUCGGCCGAGGACAGCACAAGCAACUCGCUCAAGAAGCAGGACACCAUAUCGGCGGGCCAGAGUGGGCUUGUGGCCCCCCUAUUGGUCGGUACCGGUGGCGAUGGUGUUCCGACACGCCCCACACUGCACGAGACCGGCCUGCCCGCCGCCGUAUCCGGGACCGGUGUGCCGCGCCGUUCGUACGACUCGAAAGCCCUACCGAUCCGAACCGAUGGCAGCCUCGACUACGAUGCCUUAUACGAAGACGAGUCGGACAACGAUCUGUCGAUGGAGUCGCACGGUUCGGUCGUGACCCAUCUGCUGUCGCAGGUGAAGAUCGGCAUGGACCUGACGAAGGUCGUGCUGCCGACGUUCAUCCUCGAGCGGCGGUCGCUGCUGGAGAUGUACGCCGACUACUUCGCCCAUCCGGAUCUGUUCCUGCGGAUAGCGGACCUGAAGGAGCCGCGCGAACGCAUGAUCCAGGUGGUGCGGUGGUACCUGAGCGCGUACCAUGCGGGGCGCAAAAGUUCCGUCGCGAAAAAGCCGUACAAUCCGAUCCUGGGCGAAAUUUUCCAGUGCCACUGGGACAUUCCGGAGCUGCCAACCGGUGACGAAGCGACAAACGUGGAGGUUAAGGAUGGACCGGUACCAUGGUGCCGCAGGGACCAACUAACCUUUAUUGCCGAGCAGGUCUCGCAUCAUCCUCCAAUAUCAGCGUUCUAUGCUGAGCAUUACAACAAGAAGAUCAGCUUUUCGGCGCACGUGUGGACAAAGUCCAAAUUUCUCGGCCUGUCGAUCGGUGUGCACAACAUUGGCCAGGGCACGGUAACGCUGUGUGAUCUCAACGAGGAGUAUAUCGUCACCUUUCCUAAUGGUUAUGGACGAUCGAUCCUAACGAUACCGUGGAUUGAGCUCGGCGGUACGGUUACCAUCACCUGUCCCCAGACGGGCUACCGGGCCGACAUCGACUUCAUUACGAAACCGUUCUACGGUGGCAAGAAGAAUCGAAUACAGGGCGAGAUCUACGGACCGAACGACAAGAAAUCGUUCAUCAGCAUCAGCGGCGAAUGGAGCGGCCUAAUGGAGUACAAAUACAACGAUGGCAGCAAACCCUCCAAGUUUGAAACGUUCGUCGACGUGAACAGCAUACCGAUCUUCAAGAAGAAGGUGCGCCCGGUUGCCGAACAGGACGAGAACGAAUCGCGCAAAGUGUGGCGCGAAGUGACGGCCGGUCUAAAAGCGAACGACAUCGAAAAGGCAACGAAUGCAAAGUUCCAGGUAGAGCAAAAGCAACGCGAAGAAGCCAAAGAGCGGAAGGAAACGUUCGGUGAAUGGGACACGAAGUACUUCAAGGGUAUCGGUGAAUCGUGGAUCUAUACCACGCCGCUGCUGCAUAGGUUAACGCUGGAGAAACGGGAUAGCAAAAGAUAGCAAUCGAAUGAACAUAACACCACCAGCACCACCACCAACGAUGGUAGCACUAGCACGUAAGCAGAAACUUCAGAUAUAAAGAUAUAUAUCUACAUCUAUAUAUAUAUAUAUAUAUACUAUACAAUAUACAUAUUAUACACAACAUCUAAAACACAAGCAAAUGUUCAAACAGUGCAGAAUAGAGCGAAAAGGCAAGCAGGCGGUCGAUGCGACAUUUUUAGGUGGUAAGCAACAUGCGUAACAAUUCUCUUUCAUUUACUAAUCGCUGCCAGUAAAGUAUGGUUUUUUGGUAAUAUAAUGCAGAGAUAUAAAGCAUGCCGCAUUUAUAGGUGAGCUCUACAGAUUGUUUGAUAGGUGAAACUGAAUCCUUAUCCAGUCGGACCGGCCACCUCUAGCUCACAAAAGCAUACCCCAAAUAAGCGCUAUGCCGUGUAAUAGUGGCGGAAGACAUUGGUCAGUUUCGUAGAGUAUUUAAAAUGGGAUCCCCCAUCCCGUGAUUGCUUUCCUCUGCCUUUACCCUAUAAUAAUCUCCUCAAUUUCACUCACUUAUCCUCUGUUGAUGCUCUAUUUCGUCAAUAGAGGCCUCUUCUUUUCCGUUAACGUAUAGAAUGAAUGUUUGAAUCUUCAUUAGUGUUGUAGGCUAUUUACUGUGUUUUGUGUUUAUUGUUUAUUUGUUGUUUCUCAUCACUGUAAAACCACUUUCCCGCUACAAUCGCACCAUGAUGUAGUAGUAUGCUCGCGUUAAACAAACCGCGAAGGGAAGGCGUUUUUUCCAAGCACGCAAGCAACCAGUUCAAAACAGUGCGGCAUGAACAAAAGAGUAUAUAAAUACAAAGAACCCAAACAUAGUGAUGUUGAAAUUCUCAGUUUUAGUGUAAUGUUGUUAUAGCAAGGUGGGUGGUUAGAAAAAAAAACUGUAAAAGAAAAACAAAACAAUGUGAUAUGCACAAAAAACAUAACAUAGCGAGAAUCUUUCAAUACAAAUAAAAACAAUUACUACUUGCAUGAGAACGAGAAGGAUGCAAAUGAAGUGGAAUGAACAGAACCGGUACUCCUCAAACAAGAAGGGAAUACGAGGAGCAGAAAACAUGCGAAAACAUGUUCAUGAUAGCAAACACUCCUCCCCACAACUGCUCACAAACAAACAAAAAACAUUAUUCUGUCCGGAUCUAGAGACGAGGGAGGCAGGUUAGAAGGCAAUGGCAAGUAUAAAGCAAAUGCAAAGUAAUCGAAUAAAAGUUAUCACUCCUAACUAACGAACGGUAACGUUAUAAAAGAUGAAAAAAAACAAAUAGUAAAAACUAAAACGUUGCGAAAAUUUUCUAAGAUCUGAUUGGAAAAAGAAAUAAACAGUAAUUGCGUCAGUAAUUUAUUAGUAUAACACGAUACAAAAGCAAGGAGGAGAAAUCGUGCAUGUUAACAAUGAACAAUAUUUUCUACUGUUGUUAAGCGACGGUGCAGCGAAGAAGAGAGAGAAAGAAAACAAAACAGGAAAAAGGAAGGUUUUUCGCAUAAACAAAAAAUACAGAAGAGAAUGUACAACAGCAGCUAAUUCGAUUUUUUAACUCUCGUCCUGCAAAGAUGAUACAACAUGCACACAAAACAUAAAAGUCACCUAAACAACACACAGACGCGCGCACGGGUAAGCAAAGCAAAACGCAAACAUCGUUCACUGUUAAAGUCGUGCGUAGAAAAAAAGAUGUAAAGUUCUAUUAUACACACAGUAACUAAUACUAUAGAAACACACGAGCCUAUACUUAUAUGUUGGUGCACCCUAGGUAGCCGACCCGGGUCGGUUCGAAUGGGUGCGAAUAAUAAUUAAUAAUAAUGAGGAUGAUAAUACGAAGCAAAAAGUAAAAGCAACAAAACAAACAUAUAACACACAUUACUAUAUGAAACAUGAAUCUUAACAGUGAAACAACACAACUACAAAAGCGCUUGUUAUCGACGAAGACGAAUUACGAAUUACAAUAAGCAAAAAAAAACAAACAAA